AUGGAGGUUAGGUUCAAAAAUAUGCUGAACAAAGUGCUUAAAAAGGUUGGAAAUAUUUUCUGCACACACACAGACAAAACACUGUUUUCACACUUCAGACAAACGUUGCACAAAUUUGAUCAGGUAGAAAGCACCAGAAAAAGUACACAACAUUUAUACUUGUCCCCGAGAUGUAUAGGGGCUAUUGGGUGGUGCGCACUCCCCCGUGAUCAUGCCGAGCACGCGAUUAAACCUCCUUACAGAAUGCACCACGAAUGUUGUCGUGACAAGCAGUACAGUAAUCAUCACAAUGAUCGACGUGACAGAAAGAAGAAGGGCAUUGUGAGGAACCCUUUGCAAAAUUAUUUCACAUUGAACGAAAAAUUGUUUAUCACUGCAGUGGUCGUGUAUGGUUUGUACGAAUUUUUUAACAGAUCUGAAAAAAAUGGUCUAAAAAAGAUAAAAAAAAAAAAAAAAAAAAAUUUUUCUUUUUUGCCUGACAUGAGGAAUGAAACUGUUAGCUGUUGCGGAAUUAUGGCAUACUUAGGUGACAGAGAUGCUUCUAAAGUUCUAAUUGAUGGAAUAGAAGUGUUGCAAAAUAGAGGAUACGACUCAUGUGGGAUGUCCACAAUUAGUCGAACAAAUAACACAUUGAAAACAACAAAAUAUGCGAGCAAUUCUACAUGUGAUGCAAUUGAGAAAUUAAGAGGAAAUUACCUGAAUAGACAUAAAAAUGAUAAUAUAGGUAUUGCACACACAAGAUGGGCUACACAUGGUUGUAAAGCAGAUGAAAAUGCACAUCCACAUAUGGAUUACAAUGAAAGGAUCAGUAUUGUGCACAAUGGAAUUAUUGAAAAUUAUCGAGAGUUAAAAACCUUUCUAUUAAAUAAAAAUAUCCCAUUCAAAUCAAAUACAGACACAGAAGUGGUAGCGAAUUUAAUAGGUUAUUUUCUAGAUCAGAAAGAAAAUUUUCAGAAUGCGGUUCUUUCAGCAAUUAGACAAUUAGAAGGCACAUGGAGUUUUUGCAUAAUACAUAAGGAUUAUCCAGAAGAAAUGAUAUUAGCAGCUAACGGAUCUCCAUUGCAUAUUGGUUUUAAAGAUAAUGAAAUUUUUGUUGCAUCAGAACAUGCAGCACUUUUUAUGUUUACAAAUGAGUGUAUAUCUUUGAAAAAUGGGGAAAUUUUAUGCAUCAAUAAAGACAAAUUAAAUGAUUUGAAAAUGUUAGAAAGGGUUGAAAGUAUACCUGAAGUUGUGAUUCAGAAGACACCUAACCCAUUUCCACAUUGGACGCUUAAAGAAAUCCAUGAACAAUCAAUUACUCUAUCGAAAGCAUUAAAUAAUGGAGGAAGGUUUAGUAUUCUUAACAAUGGAGUAAAGUUAGGUGGUUUAGAUCCAUAUGUAGAAGAAUUAUCAAAUAUUGAAAAUUUAAUUUUAAUUGGAUGUGGUACAUCAUACUAUGCUGCAUUAUUUGCAAAAUAUAUUAUGAAUUAUUUAGGUUGUUUUAACACUGUACAAGUCAUGGAUCCAUGUGAUUUUAAUGUAUCUGUAAUUCCAAAAGAAAAAGAAGGGGUUAUUUUUAUUUCUCAAAGUGGAGAAACUAGAGAUAUUAUAAAAGCUUGUAAAUUAGCUAAUGAUUUAAAUUUAAAAAAAUUAUCUGUUAUCAAUUCAGUUGGUUCUACUAUUGCAAAUAUGACAGGUCGUGGUGUUUAUUUAAAUGCUGGGAGAGAGGUUGGAGUUGCAUCCACCAAAUGUUUUACAUCAGAAGUAUCCGUCUUAGCAUUAAUAGCAAUCUGGUUCUUUCAAAAUAAAAAAGAAACAUACAAUUCAUCAAGUAGUAAAAUUAGUUCAUUAAUAAAUUCUUUACACAGAUUACCUCUAUAUGCAGGUACAACUGUCAAAUCAUGUGAACAAAAAUGCAAAUAUCUCGCCAAUAAAUUUGAAAACACAAAAUCUAUUCUUAUUAUUGGAAAUGGACUAAGCUAUCCUAUAGCUCUUGAAGGAGCUCUAAAAAUUAAAGAACUAACUUAUAUACACUGUGAAGGUUUUACUGGUACUUCACUUAAACAUGGCCCAUAUGCUUUACUUGGGAGUGAAGAAUCUAUACCUGUUAUUAUGCUUAUUUUUAAUGAUAAUUCCAAGAAUAUUAUGAUAAAUACAGCAGAACAAAUAAAAUCCAGAGGUGCUAAUAUCAUUUGUAUCACGGACGAUGAAUCUCUUUGCAAACACUUUGCAGAUCACAUUAUUUUGAUCCCGAACAAUGGACUCUUGACACCUCUCUUGGCAGUCAUACCUUUGCAGCUCAUGGCUUACUACACAGCCCUCACCAAGGGAAACAACCCCGAUCGCCCUCGAUGCCUUGCCAAGACUGUCACUGUGUAG